UCCCCGCCGCACCCCUCGGUCCCGCAGGGCUGCUGGGGUACCGAGCAAAGCGCCGGCCGCCCCCAAGCUGAGGUCUACCCAGCAGCUACCCAGCACCUCCCUCAGCCUCUUACUUCUAUGUUUGCGCUCCUUAAGAAUUUUAUUUAUUUGGCUCUUGGGGUCCGAACUCCUUUGCGGCAAAAUGGCUAAAUGCACCAAGAAAGUCGGAAUCGUAGGUGAAUACGGCACCCGUUAUGGCUCCUCCCUCAGGAAAAGGGCGAAGAACAUUGAGAUCAGCCAGCGCGUCAAGUACACUUGCUCCGUCCGUGGCAAAACCAAGAUGAAGAGGCGAGCGGCGGGGACCUGGCUCUGUGGCUCCCGCAUGAGAACGGUCGCCGGCGGCGCCUGGACUCCCAACGCCCCUUCUGCGUCACAGUCCAGUCCGCCGUCGGAAGAUUGA